AUGUCCUCCAGCAGACUACGUUUCCCAAGAUGCCGUUCACCUCACUGCCCAAACAGCUCUGACCCUGCCUCCUCGUCGUCCUCGGAGAACAUUCCAACGCUCGGGACAGUUGCGAUCACUAUGGCGCUCCACAACUGUGACGAGGUGGCGGUGGCGGGCUUCGGCUACGACAUGAGCAUGCCCCACGCGCCGCUGCACUACUACGAGACCGUCAAGAUGUCCGCCAUCAAAGAGGUGGGUGUGGUCCAGGAGCAGUUCACCUGGUAA